AUGUGGCGAAUCGCCAUCGAUAAACUGGAGGGGGGAAGGAAUCUAGAGGGCGGGCUCCCGGCCUCCCGCCGGGACGUGGCGGAAAGUCGGCGGAUGUUUUCCAAAAUCGUGGGCGAGUCUACCCUCAUGCUGGCUGGCUGCGCUGGCGCAAUCGCGAUCCAGGCACAGCUCCUAGCGAGGGCCGCCAAGCCCGAGUGCGCUGCGGCCGAAGCCACGAGGCAGUUUGAGAUGCCCUCCGACGCCGAGAUUGCCGCAAUGGCCAACGCAGCUCUGUCUUUGAGAGGAUCCGCCCAUCGUCGGGAGCGGCCAGUGGCGCUCGUGCCAGCGCGCGACUAA